CGCUCGUGUGCCGCCGUACACAGUCGACCCACAGACUCCCAGCGAUGUCAGCAGCCAAACAAGUGCGCGUCUGACCCGAUACACGCUGUGAGACGCCCAAAGCAGAACAUUUCCCCGACUGUGAAUGAAGAGGAGGCGAGAUGCGUCAAGUGUGCAGCUGCUGGAGAGUGUGCAGCAGGGGUCUGUACAGCUGCUACUGGAGGGAGUCCAGCAGCAGCCAAAGAAAAAUGUCAUGCUGCUGGCUGUCAUUCGUCACUGUGGUGUCCCUGCUCUCCCUGUGCUGGCUGUACAUUUGUCUCAUUACAUUUAAUGACCAAGAGGAACUAAACGGGCAGCUAUUCAAAUGGUUGAACCGUUGGUUCAAUUGGUUCAUGGUGAUCAUCAUCUUUUCUGCAGUGUUAACCAGUUACUGUGUUCUGCUGCUGCUCUUUGCGUUGAUUCAAAUUGUUUUUGGAGAGAAGCUGGACUUGCACUGGCUGCACAAGAUAUUUCUUUUUUUGGGAGUGAUUAUCAUCAUUGGUGGAAUAUCUGGCAUUGUGGGGAUGUGGAAAAGAGAACUGCCAACGAUUUCUCUUUCACUCCAGGCGACAGCUCCCUUCCUGCAGUUUGGUGCAGUAGCAGCGUUGACGCUGAUCAGCUCGUUUGUCUUCCAGGCUUUUCACAAGAUCAAAAAAAACUCCAGGUUCCUGGUUCUCGUGCUGUUUGCAGCUGUGGCCGCUGCUAUCUUCCUGUCCCCCCUGUCCAUUCACUCACCAUGUUUCAUAGAACUGAAAGAUUUACCUGAAAAACCAAAGCUGUUUGCUCACAGAGGCGCUCCAAUGCUGGCUCCAGAGAACACCAUGAUGGCGUUUGAAAGGAGCGUCGCGUGUGGCGUGACGGCCUUUGAGACCGAUGUACAGCUCAGCAAAGACAGAAUUCCCUUCUUGAUGCACGACAGUGAAAAUGAGUUCUUGCUGAGAACCACAAAUGUCAAGAACAAGCUCCCUCAAAGAGCAAUCAAAAGCAACAUGGACCUGACUUUUGAGGAAAUACAGAAUCUGAAUGCAGGUGAAUGGUUCUUAAAGACGGAUCCUUUUCGGUCGGUGUCCCAGCUCUCAGAAGAGGAGAAGCAGACAGCCCGGAAUCAGACCGUCCCUUCCCUCCUGCAGCUCCUGGAGCUGGCCAAACAGCACAACAUUUCUGUGAUCUUUGACCUCUACAGAACUCACAAAGACAGAAAUGACAGAGAGGACACAGCAGCCAUAAUUGACACCAUCCGGAAGUCGAACAUUAACCCAGGACUGAUUCUUUGGCUUCCUCCGAGUGAAAGAGAGUGGGUGAAUAAAACGUCUCCAGGCUUCGUUCACAUCUACAGCAAUGAGUCUGAAAUGAGAAAAAACAAUGGCAGACACCUAAAUGUGAGAUACACCCACCUGAGCAUGAACAGAAUCAGGGAACUCAGGGCCGACAAUAUUACUGUGAACCUGUGGGUGGUGAAUGAGCGCUGGCUGUUUUCUCUGCUGUGGUGCGCGGGGGCCAGUUCUGUGACCACAAACUCCUGCCACCUCCUGAAGGAUGUGGAGCAGCCUGACUGGUUCAUGUCCUAUCAGACCUACACAAUAAUCUGGAUUGUGGUGGAUGUUGUGUCCGUGUUGAUAAUGGCUGCCCUCUUCUUCUGUCAGUGGAAAACACACUGUUCCCGCCUCAGAGAAGGAGCCAUGGCUGAGGUGAGAACAGAGGCUGCCUCUUGGAUGCGUCUUGCACCAGUGAAGAUGACACCAGCAUACAUUUGAAAUUCAGCCUUCUUACAUGAAUUUGGGAGAAACAGAAAUGAACGAUCUUCGAACUUCUCAGUUGGAGAUCUUGCAACCUUUCCUUUCCUGUCCAGCCGAGCCAUGCCAGAUUAGGGCUGCAUGGAAGAGAAACUGUGUCAUUUCAAAGCACUUUUUUGAUAAUUUCAUAAAACUUAAAGUGUAAUUUCAAACAUAGUUUAGGAAGAAAGUGGACACAACCACCAAAGAUUGGCAGUCAGUUACAUUCUUUUGAAUUUUGUGCAGUUUUUAUAGUCUUUUUUUUUGUCUUUUACUACUGAAUAUGUAAUGUCUGAGCUCUGUGUUUGAAAAACACACACUGUAACUAUGCAUAACUUUCUCUUUGGUGAAUUUCUUAAUUAAAUGAGUACAUUUGUCAUUGUUUCACUAAUGCAGCUAUAAUGUUUCUGCUUUCUGAGCCACAUGAAUUUUUCCUCUGUUUAAAAAGUGAUUUUUAAAAUGUGUCAAAUGUAAAUAAAAGAAUAAAACUCUAUACUGUAAUCUCAGGGAAGACAAACUUAAAAGGACAACAUAUGAAAAGAUUAAAGAAAUACAAAUCUG